AGACUUAUCCUUUGGCUGUGUCAGUGUUAAGCUCUUCUUCUUCUUCUUCUUAUUCAGCUUAUUACCUCAUUCAUUUAUUUUCCAUCUGAGUUGGAAUUCAGUUCACCGCCACCACCCACCAGCUCCAAACUACCGAAUGGAGUUACGAACUACUGCUAUUGUUGUUAUUCAAUCAUAUUCAUCCUGCUAUUCUCUUCCCUCCAACUUUCUCAUUCUUAAACCACCUCCAGAUUUACCUAUUUCUUCACUUCGCUCUUCAUCCCUCCCUUUCUCUUACAAAGAUGGUGGUGCUCGUCACACAAGAGUGGUGCUUAAUCGCGUUGGUGAAGGGUUUUCGUGUGCAAGUACAUCCGGUUCUGUCUGUUCUUUUGAUGAUGAUUCUGACACCAAUUGUGAUAAGCCAAAAGCAAAAACUGAUUUGGCAAAACUUCGCGACACAUGCUCCGCUGCGGUAAAAGUCUAUGACAUUGCAACUGAGAGUAAUGAAGCACUAAAUGCUGCAGAGUUGAACUUUCCGGAUAUUAUCAACUCUCCCCUAGAUGCGUCCGACGUGAAGAUAGACAAUUUUGCUGAGAAAGGUGAGUGCUUCAAUCCAGAAACAGUAGCUCAUUGGCUGCGGUUGUGUUAUGAUGUGGAAGAAGUAGGAAGGGUACACACAAUUGCCUUGAAAUGUUUUAGAGGUUCAAGUACUUAUGUUGAUAAUAAUUUGAUUUGUAGUUAUUUAAGAUUAGGUAAGUUAGCUCAGGCUCGUAAAGUGUUUGACGGCAUGUCAAGAAGGAAUACAGUUACAUGGACUGCUAUUAUAGAUGGAUAUUUAAAAUAUGAUUUGGAUGAUGAAGCUUUUAAGUUAUUUCACGGUUCGAUUAAGCACGGGGUUCAACCGAACAGUAAGAUGUUUGUCUGUUUCAUGAAUUUGUGCUGUAAAAGAGUGGAUUUAGCCUUGGGGAAACAAAUCCACGCUCGUAUCUUGAAAAGCAACUGGAGGAAUCUAAUCGUUGACAGUGCAGUUGUUAAUUUUUAUUCGAAAUGUGGUAAAAUAUCAAGUGCAUUUAGAACAUUUGAUCGUAUGGCAAAGCGAGAUGUGGUUUGUUGGACGACUAUAAUCACUGCUUGUUCCCAACACGGGCUUGGACAUGAAGCACUGUUAUUGUUGUCACAAAUGCUAGUUGAUGGGUUCUUUCCUAAUGAGUAUACUAUAUGUGCUGCCCUAAAGGCUUGUGGAGAAAAUAAAGCAUUCAAGUGUGGGACACAGCUACACGGUGCCAUAGUAAAGAAAAUCUGCAAGAGUGAUGUUUUUAUAGGAACUUCUCUAAUUGAUAUGUAUGCAAAAUGUGGGGAGAUUGUGAGUUCUAAAAAGGUGUUUGAUAGAAUGAAGGUUAGAAAUACAGCUACUUGGACAUCCAUUAUAUCAGGAUAUGCGCGAAAUGGAUUUGGCGAAGAGGCUUUAAACUUUUUUCGAUUAAUGAAGAGGAAAAAAGUAUAUGUUAAUAAAUCGACGCUUGUAUGUGUCAUGACGGCUUGUGGUACGAUUAAGGCUUCACUAAUUGGAAGAGAGGUUCAUGCACAGAAAAUCAAAAGUGUUAUUCUUACUAACAUGUACAUAGAAACCACUUUGGUAUGGUUCUAUUGCAGAUGUAAAGAUUACUCUCAUGCUUUCAAUGUGCUCAAAUAUAUCCCUUUGCGGGAUGUUGUCUCAUGGACUGCCAUUAUCUCCGGAUGUGCUAGGCUCGGGCUUGAAACCGAGGCUCUGGAGUUUUUGCGUGAAAUGAUGGAAGAAGGCGUGUUGCCUAAUUCCUAUACUUACUCAUCAGCUUUGAAAGCAUGUGCAAAAUUAGAAGCUCCGAUGCAAGGAAAAUUGAUUCAUUCGAAUGCAAGCAAGACCCCUGCAUUGUCUAAUGUAUUUGUGAACAGUGCUUUAAUAUAUAUGUAUGCGAAAUGUGGAUAUAUUGCGGAUGCUUUUCAAGUCUUUGACAACAUGCCGGAGAGGAAUUUGGUAUCUUGGAAAGCCAUGAUCUUGGGUUAUGCAAGGAAUGGACAUUGUAGAAAGGCUCUACAACUCAUGUAUAGAAUGCGAGCUGAAGGUUUUGUGGUGGAUGAUUAUAUUCUUACCACAGUUCUUACUGCGUGUGGAGGCAUUGAUUCCGGAGACAUUGAUUGGGAUCUCGAGUCUUCUUCACAUGACUUGCAUGCCUCGUAAUCUUCUGCAACACUGUAGACUAAGGGGGUGUACCUAAUUAGAUACAUAUAGGAAGGAAAUGUUAUAGAAUUCAUCCAUUUCCUUUGUUCAAAUUAGAGUCUAGUUAUCAUCGGUUACAUGAUUACCACGCAAGACCUGUUAUUAUCCUCAACUCUUCAUUUGGGCAAGCCUUAUUCUUUGGGGUGUUCUUUAUUCCAUCAUUUACAAGAUGAUUCUGAAAUACCCUUUGGUUAUUCUGUUCUCUCAUGACGUGGACAGAGUUUACCUGCAGUUGGAUUGAUGCCCUAUGUGAAAGUUGAAUCAGCAAUAUAUUCUGGUUGCACCAGAUGGCAUGCACAUUUUAUGCUUGGGAUUCAACUUGAAACUAAUAUAUGAACAUUCCUAUGUAUGUUAUCUUUGUCUAUGAGUAGAUUUAAUGAAAUAUAUCUAUAUUCCUUUGGCAAGUCCUUGUGAGAAUGUAAAUUAUGAACUAAAAGCUA